AUGGGUGGCGGCGAUCUCAACCUCAAAAAGUCGUUCCAUCCCGGCCUGCGGCGCAACCAGGCGGCCGUCUACGACGAGGAGCAAAAGGCGCUCGCCGAGCGGAAGCGGACGCAGCAGCGGAUCGAUGAGAUCAAGGAGGAGCGGGCAAAGGAGGAGCUGCAGAGGCAGCUCGAGGCGGCCGGCGGCAAGAAGCGCGUCGACCGCGUCGACUGGAUGUACCAGGGCGCCAACGAUGGCCAAGCCGGCACGACGGAGGAGACGGAGGCAUACCUGCUCGGCAAGCGACGCAUCGACAACCUCAUCAAGGGCACCGAGCACAAGAAGCUGGAGAAGAACGCGGGCGAGGGCAGCUUCAUGGCGCUGCAAAACGCCAACAGCGCGCGCGACACGGCGUCCAAGAUCCGCGACGACCCGCUGCUCGCCAUCAAGCGGCAGGAACAGGCGGCCUACGACGCCAUGAUGAACGACCCCAUCAAGCGCCAGCAGCUCCUCUCCUCCAUGGGCAUCGAGGGCGGGAAGAAGGAGAGGUCGAGGGACAAGGACAGGGACAGGGACAGGGAGAGGCGAAGACGUCGGCACCGCAGCCGAGACGGCGACGACGACGGCCGGCACAGGCGGCGGCAUCGUCGAUCCCGCUCGCGCUCGCAAAGUCCAAGGCGGCAGCGCGACAUUUCCGACGACGACGACGACGGCCGGCACAAGCGGCGGCAUCGUCGAUCCCGCUCGCGCUCGCAAAGUCCAAGGCGGCGGCGCGACGGUUCCGACGACGACGAGCGCCGCGGCCGCAGGCACGACCGGAGGAGGACGACGGGCGACGGCGGCGGCGGGCGGAGAGACGGGUCCGACUCGCGCCGACGACACCGAAGCAACGACCGAAGCGGGCGUCGGCGGCACGACUCGUCGUCGGCCGAGCGGCGCACCGGACGACGCAGCGCAAAGGGCCGCGACGGCGAGCGUGAGCGUGAGCGUGAGCGUGAAGACGACCGCCAUCGCGAGCGCGACCGUGACCAUCGACACGACCGUCCCGGCAGACCACGGGACGGCGACCCACGGCAACGACGGCGAGAAAAGGACGGCGACGAGGAGGCGGCACGGGCGCGCAAGCUCGCGGCGAUGCAGUCGGCCGCGUCCGAGCUGGACGAGGACCGCGAGCAGAGGCUGCGGCAGCUCGAAGAAAGGGAGCGCGCGGCGCGGGACGCCGACGACAAGGCGCGGCAGCGACACGGCGAUCGCGGCUUCGUCAACGGCCUGCACCGGCAGGCGGAGAAGCUCGAUCUCGCCGAGAGAAUGGGUCGCGGGAGGCAACGCUUCCAGCAGGACCACGACUGA